AUGGGUAAAUUUAAGCAACCUAAGCAACCGGGUUUUUAUCAUGUUUAUGAUUUAAAAUGUAACAUACAUGCGACCGAUGUCAAAGUUGCUCCUCCUGCUCCUCCACUUCCACCAAAUCCAAACAAAGUUAUUAAUUUUGGAGAAAGCAACAGCGACGAAGACUUGGUAUAUGGAUCUGGGUACAUUUUCUAUCAUAAAAUUGAAUUUUUAUUAAAUAAUUCCAAUAAAUCACGUCUCGCGGAGAGAAAUAUGAAAGAAGGCACGAAAAAUAUUCCUCGUCGUCAAAAUUCUUGGAUUCUUUAUCGUAGAGAUAAAAGUGCCGACCCGAAAUUCUUAAAGAUGAAGUCCUCUGAAGUUUCGAAAGAAAUUCAAGCAAUGUGGGCGCAAGAAUCAAUUAAAGUUAAAGAAAUUUUCGUAGCUCUUUCAAGAUUGGCCACAAAAAAACACAUCGAAAAACACGGUAAAAACUACCGAUACAGACCAAAGAGAACGAAACAAAAAGAGGAAGAUCAUUUUGAGAGUACUUCAGAAGCUUCACGUACAAACUCACCCACAACUUCGAGAACAAGUGAUUCCGAAGAAAAUCAAAAUUUUUUCCCACCGCAAAUUAACAAUUUCCCACCCAACGAAUCUAUAGAAUUAGAUUGUAAGAAAAUUUCACCAGUAAAUUAUAAUUUUUCGUUAUUUUAUCAUGAAACCGUCUUACAAAAUCCUAUAAGCUUUUUUUCAACAAAUUUUUUAAAUCAUAAUAUACCUAACGAAUCAAAACAACAAUCCGAACUCAUGGCCGUCGAUUAUAUUGAAUGUACUCAAGAAGUAGCGCGACGAAUUGUAGAGAUGAUUGAUGAGGUUGCUAUUGUAAAGGCCUUUUAUCUUUCCCUUUAG